AUGGCGGCAGCCCACCGAACCGUGGUUGACCUGGUAAGCAGUGACGAAGAUGGAGAUGCCCCUCCUCCGAGAGUCCGGCGUCGCGGACUCUUCGGCAGAGCAUCACCAGCAUCAUCUACGGCCAUCACGCCUGAGCCUGUAGCUCCAGCACCUACUUUCGCGCCUGUAGUAGCUGCAAGGCCUGCUCCAAUUCCGAGGCCUGCCCAAGAGCCAGCAAUGAUGCACGACGGCGCAAACGACGGCGGCGCUGUCGCUGACCCAGGGGCCUUCAAUAUUGACGGCGCGCAAGUCAUCGACCUUGAAGACAUGAUGGACUUUGACCAAUACCUCGAGAGACCUGGUGGGUAUCCUGAAGAUCAACCACCUGCUGUGGCGCGACGUGAGCCAUCGCCUCAACCGCCGGGUCAGAUCAUAGUCAUCGAUGGAGAGGAUGUCUUCAUACCCGACAGUCCUCCAGCCCGGCCAGUCCGUGCUCAUGCGCAACUUCCGGAAAGCGGAGACGCCACGUACGCUUUAGAUUCCGCCACAUUUACUGCAGAUGUUUGCCUCAGGCGGGUGCUGGCCAUGUUUCCGGAUAUCGAACACGAGCAUGUGGUCAAGCUGUACAACKAAUACGACGAACGAGAACCAGAAGCUCUGCCCGGAGAAGCCAGACUUCAGGAGAUUGUAGAGAAGCUACUGUCUGSUGAGAGCUAUCCACGUCAAGCCAGGCCGCCGCAGCAGCAUAAACGCAAGCGCAGCGAGGAGAUCACGAACCAAGACUCAAAACGCUGGGAGGGCCAAGAUCGCGAGGCAGCCGGACCUGCCUUCAAAGGAGCGAUGGCCUCCAUCCUGAAGGCCGAAUUUCCUGAAAUUCCCGUCAAUGCAAUUAGCAAAGAGCUUGUCGCACACACUCAUCUCUACCCGACAUAUCUAGCCCUCGCAAAGAUGAAGGACACGAGCAAUGUCAACAAGAAGUGGGGCGGAAGGCCUGCGAAAGAUGUCACAACAGCGGACGCUUUGGCCACCGAUUGCGGAUGGCCUGCCAUGUGCGAAGAACUAGAAGCCGCCAGAAAGCACGUCAAAGACGGCAGACGGCGACGUGUGAUUGAAGACGCCAAGCAAUGGGCAGAAAAGGAGAAUCUCCAGAGAGCGAUCGACGCGGGCGAGACCGCAGAGUGUCAAGCGUGUUUUGAUGACUUGCCUAUGAACAGACAGAUCCAUUGUGACGGCGAUACUGCUCACUUCACCUGCUUUGACUGCGCCAUCGCGUACGUGAAGUCUGAAGUCGGUGACUCGCGAUGCAGAGUUCUGUGCACUGCGGGGUGUGGUGCAUCGUUCGCCCGCACGCAGCUCCAUCUGCUCGAAGACAAGGCACUGCUCGAAAAACUUGAGCAACUUCAACAGGAGAGGGACAUUCGCGAUGCAGGGCUGGACAAUCUUGAAGAGUGUCCCUUUUGCGACUAUAAAGCAAUACUGCCGCCCAUUGAAGAAGACUUCGAAUUUCGCUGCGCAAAUGAGCAGUGUGAGAAAGUCAGUUGCCGUCGCUGCAAAGCCAUCUCGCAUAUCCCGAGAUCGUGCGAGGAACACGCCAAGGACCACAAGCUCAGCAGCCGUCACAAGAUUGAAGAGGCCAUGACGAAAGCGCUCAUCCGGAACUGCAACAAGUGCAAGAAGCCAUUCAUCAAAGACCAUGGUUGCAACAAAAUGGUGAGGUGCUAUGUCUGCUCCGAGUCGUUGAAAGACUACAACCACUUUGACCAAGCGUCUAGGGUGCCACUUGGUUCAAAGUCGUCGAAAUGUCCUCUUUACGACAAUGUUGAGGAACGACACGAGCGCGAGAUCAAAGAAGCAGGUGCACUCGCGCGGGCUGAAGUCAUCAAUGAAAAUCCGGACGUCUCAGAGCAAGAUCUUGAGAUCAAACUCUCGGACGCUGUCAAGAAAGCCACCGACGAACGCGUUAUGAGAGGCGGGGCUGUCCCUGGCGGAAUUCCACCGGGCUACGGAGGUUACGCUGGAUUUGCGGGAGGUUUGUUCAUGCCGCCAGGCGUKGGACCUAGAUUACGAGACCGAGCUGACGGAUUGGAGGCCGCCGUGGUUGAUCUUAACCGUGAACGCGUACAGGCUCGACGUCGCAUGCAACUACAGCUCGCGGAGAGGCUUGAUGCCGCGGCAGCAAAUCCCGACGGCAUGCGGGACGUUCCACGCCGUCAGAGGCAACAGAUGGCCGACGAAAAUGCUGCAGCUGGCGGAGAUCGACCCAACGCUUUGAGGCGACGCAUGCCUGCACUGAGGCCAAUACAGGAUCCUCUAGCUCGACUCAUUUUCGAUCCCAUGCUUGGCGGCUUCGACGAAGAUCGUUUUGGAGAGGGAGAUGAUGGAGACCCUUUCAAUAUGAAUGGGUUAAUCAAUCCAGCUCCACUGCCAGCACCUGCAAUUGCACCAGCACCCCUACUCAUACCAGCACUCCGCAUCAUGGGAGUGCCAGCGGCACAAGGUCUCAGACCAGGCCAGGCCCAAGCCAACCAGGAGCAAAUACGACAGUUCCAGCAACGCUUAGAAGCUAUCCGCAAUCGAAAUCCCGCGGAGCUGUAUGAUUACCAGCCGCGGCAGCAACCCCCGGUCCAUCCUGCUCCACCAUUACGGCAAGAGAUUCGACAAGUAGAAGCUCAGCCCAUUCAAGCUCGCCAAAGACUUGAUGAUAAUAGGGGAGGCCAAGGUCGUGUGUUUCGACGGGAGCCUUAUGAUCCACGGCUUCAUCAUGUCCCAAGAGGGUGGCCAGGGCAGAACUAG